CUCAUACUCAAUAGUGCUGCCUCCAAGGCCAUCAAGUUUUGUUUCGUUAUUUCCAAUAAACUCAGCAUCAACAGUUGCAGCAAACCGCGUGCUGGGAGCUUCAGUUUGCAUUGCGGCCACCGAGAAAAUAAAUGUCCACCUUCGGUUUCGCACUUGCGCCCUCCGCGCCGCCGCGAGUGCGGAAAAUGAAGAACGGCGCUGGCAGCAAGAUGGGUUUUGGAAAAACCGGCACGCAUCACUCGGUGUACCCUCCGCCAACGGCGAGCGACAGCGAGAGCUACAGUACCGAUAUCGGAAGUAGUUCUUCGUCCUCUUCAGCAGCCGCGUCACCCUUGGAUGACGAUUUUUCAGGCUCGGUAAACAGGCCGGCGAACGCGAAGCACGGUUCGGUGGCAAGUCUGAGGCGCCAGAUUCCCGCGUCCAGUCGUAGCUCCGCCGCAACGAUUGAACAACUGCAAAAAAUGAACGCCGCGGCGCGGAGUAGUUCUCUCGAUAGAGACAAUUUUGAAACGCAGCAGCCAGCAGGAAAUCAAAGUUCUCUCCAUAAGCGAAGUACCGCCACGAAUGCUUCCGGCCCCCGUCUUCCACCCCAGUUCGUGCAGGAGCAGUUGAAGCGCGUGCCAAAAUCUUCCGCCGCGGGGGACGAGCUGGCGCUGGAUAAGAUUUGCUUGACCUCGCACGAGGAGCGCCGACGGAUCGAUCUGCUGGGCAAGUGUCAGAGCGUCCGGGUCUUGCAGGAGCUGUUCUUCCAUCGCGGGCAUUUGGAAAACCUGCUCCAGCUGUGGAACCGCCGGACCUCCGAGACGGACAUCUCUCGCUUGUGCCUGGUUGCGCUGGAGCAUACAGUGAAAAUGUUCGCACUGGCCAACCAGUCUCUGAUGACGGCGUUUCUGCUGCAAAAGCUCCACGACUGCCAGGUUUUGAAGCAAAUCCUCUGGUCGCUGGAGACCCACUUCUACCGUCGGGACCAUCAGGUGGCGGCACUCUCGUGCUUGCUGUACUUCUCUGGUCUCGAGCACGCGGACUACAAAGUUCAGAUGAGUAUGGGCCGACAUUGUGCCGAUGCAACAACAUCCAAAAGCCCGAACAGUACUACAACGACGCAUUGGAAGAAGAUUAUGCAGGAGUUUUUUCUCAUUCAGUACCACAACAUCGAAGACUUCCGCGACUGCAUGCUGGGCACGAAUGAAGGUGAUCCGAGCGCAGCUGUCCCGAGCAGUAAUCCCGCACUUCCAACAAUGACCGUCGCGAAUCAGGCAACGACCCAAUCAUGCUACGUGAUCGGACACCUAGUGCGGGGGAGUGCCACGGCAACUAUUCCGGGAGAGAAAAACUCCAAGCAUUCCUUUAACGGUCUGUCCCUGCUGCUUUUGAUUUUGAGGGAGUUGGUUCUGCGCACCCACGACGGACACACCGCGAAAAACGGCGCUUUCAAUUGCACGGAGGCAGAAAUGGCCAAGAUCCGGGUGCACAUCGCGACACUGGUGCUAGCCCUGUUUAACCGGUUACUGGCCCCAUCGAUCCACGGAGACAUGGAUAGAAAAGCGAGAACUAAACAGUCGAGUGCUAAGGCCGCCGUGGCGGCCGAACACGAGGAAAAGAUUCGUCUCUCCUUCCUCGCGCAGCACGGUCUGGAGAUCGUCGCAAAGACGGCGAGACAAGGGUUUGCGCUGGUGCGCAGCUACCGGGACAUUCUGGGGCAGUCCGGCACCUCCGCCGGGGGCACGAACGUGAGCGUCAACAGUGCGUCGGAUGCCGCCGGGAUCGCGCCCGCGGACAGUGACCACGAAGCCGACAGAAUUGUCUUAACCGCCGCGAGCCCGUUUCUGAGAUCUUACUUUCACCUCCUGCUCGACUUGCACGGGUGGCUGCAGGCCUUGGUGAUUUCGAACACGACUGACCGAAGCUUCAUCGACCAAGAAACGGAGGAAGAUUUUUCCGUUUUGCUCCCCGCAGAGGGCGGCGGCGUGCGGCCACGCGGACUGGAGUUUUCAUCCUCAUCGUCGUCUGCAAACAGGAAGCGGUCGUCGUCUAAUUCGCGAAAUUUGAACCCUAGUCAGGCGCCGAGCCCCUCCACACCGAAGAGCAGGCAACGGCUGGUGAAGCAGGUGGAUCAGGAAGUGCGGAAUCUCUUCCCAAGUCCGCUGCUGAACUCGCCGAAGAACUCUCCGUCGCCAUUGAAAGUCUGGUCCGAUUCGGAAGACGACGAAGAAUCGCUCGCGAAUUACCUGCCCACAGGCGUCCCGCGAAAAGCGCUGUUUGGAAACAAACCUGGCGCGAAGAAGCAGCUGCAGUACUUCGCGAAACAGAAGGCGAGAGACGUAAACUUGUUUGUGCGUGUUUCUCUUCUGCAGUUGUUUCCGUUUGCACUUGCAAAUCAAAGAUGAGCAUGAGUGCUACUCACGCAUCAAAAGUGCAGAUCGUAUUUCUAUCAUUUUGCUCUUGACGAUCGACAUCGAAUCUGUUCAGGUGAAACCGCCCUCGAUCCUGAAACGUGCGACCGCUUCUGUGUCAUCCUUCGACCCGAUGGACCAGGAGGAGCCUUCAGUGUCCUUCGACAUUCCAGCGUCUUCCAACGGCGGGUCCUCGCCACAACAUCACGAAUUCCUCUCGGAAAUCAUCAACAGCACGCAGCCCCAGAAACAAUCGAAGUCCCAGAAGCGCAACAUCGUGGACCGGUUCCAGGACCGCAUGCGGCGGAUUCCCGGGGGAUGUAGGUUUCUGUUUGAACUCCUCUGGACCUACCUCAUCCCCUUCGUGCAGUUCAACGAGCAGAUCCCGAACCUGCUGGACUCUUUGCUCCAGGUCGUCGCGGUGUUGCUGGACACAAAUUUGAAGAACUGCGAUUUGUUUGUGGAGAACUACAUGGGUUUGAACUGCGUCAUCUCCAUCUUUUCCCUGUACCGCGAGCAGCUCGAAAAGCAAAUCUCUUUGGAAAACAACUUGCCGAACUUGCAGGCGAUUGUGAAGUCAAAGAAGUCCGAUGCGGUGAAGUUUCUGGGCUGCAACUUUCUGAACCUGGCGAAAGUUUCGGAGACGCUGCCGGAAAAGACGCAGAACUUGCUCCUCCAGUGCAUGCCGCGGAUCACGACCGCGCUGCAGGACCUGCAGUUUGAGGAGGACGAUUGGAACAUGAAGACCACGCGUUUGCAAUGGCUCCUCGAUUUCAUCGACGAGUUCUUUUUCUGCUACGAAGUGCAGGCCAUGAGUUCCCACUUUCUGGUGAAGUUCUUCCAGGGCCGGCCCUUCCAGCGGAACAGCGACACGCUCGCGCUGAUGAAGGAGCUCCAGCAUCAAGGAUCAAACUUCACGACUCCGAACGAUGAGGAUGUAUCUUCUUCUGCAAACCGGUCGCAACCGGCUUACAGUCCGCAGCCGUACGACAAACAGCAGAACGCGGAAAUCGACCUGAUUGACGUUUAUGGCGGAGAGGUCCGGCGGAAAUCGCAGCUGGACGCCGGAGUGUACGGAGCGGCAAAGAGCUUGGGAUUGAACGGGGUGAUUCCGAAUCGUGCGAACUUGGACUCGCACACGGAUUUGGCGUUGCCACAGAGGACAAGUACGCUGUCUGAUGUCGCUCAUGAUCAGAUCAUUUUUUUUCACCGUGUUUUGUGCAAAUCCAAAUCGAAACGGCGAAUGCAAUAAUUGUUAGAUGAGGCCCAGCGAGCACAAAAGAUCGCCUUACUCAAACCGUUUUCCACAACAGAAAUCUCCCCCGCGGUCCGCAAGCGCCAGUUUUCUUACCUGCUCGAGCUUUUCCUGACCAACUGCGAAAAUUUUGGCGAGAAUUACGAAGUGGUCGGCCAAAGUCUCCACGCCUUGAAACUCCUUCUGGAUGCGGACGAGGAGUUCAGAACCGCGUGCAGGGACGCUAUUGAAGUGGGCGAGGAAUCAGCGUUCGAUUUGCAGAACAACGAACGCUUGCAGGUCAGACUGCUCGAGCAGGCGUUGCCGGCGUUGGCCCGGCACCUAACCGUCAAAGCGAACGCGGGCGGGAAAAAGAGUCCGACGACGGCUACAACAAGUCCGUCCGGCAUGAUGAAUCUGAAUGCCAGCAGUGGAUCCUUAUCUUCAUCGCUGAGCAGCAAUAAACCGCCGAAGGAGCUCUCCAUGGCCUCGAUGAGGACCAACACUGCGGUGGAGUACGGGCUGGAAUUGAUGCUGCUUUGCCCCCUGUCGAAGACCGUGCACGUCGCGAAGUUGCUGGAACUAGAUCUCGCCAGCAUUUUGUCCGCAAUCAUCAAGGAAAACUGCGUCGACGUGCGGCUCCGGUUUCAGGUGGAAAAAAUUCAUCGUUCCAUCUUCCUGAUGAACGAGGAAGAGGAGCGGAAAACCCGCCGCGAAAUCGACGGCAUCGGCGAUGCUGUCGCGAACACGGGCUUCAAUUCGGCGAAAGUGCAGCGGUGGAAGAAGUUCGUAGAAGCGACAGAGUCCGUCGACGCGGAGAUGGCAAGAUUGGUGAGCAACUUGGUCACGGAAGACGAACCGCAGUUGUUUUUUCAGCAACAGAAAUUCUCGGCCGCUGAGGCGAAGGGAAAGAUUGGUGAUAGUGUGGCGAAGAGGAAAAGCUCAUUUGGAACACAAGCGAGCGAGAACGGGUUGGAGCAAGGAACAAAACAGUUGCAGAAGCAAGUGCACUUCCAAGCGUCCACGGCUGGUGGUAGUGGGAAAUCUUACAACAAAAGCCGACUCAGUUUCGAUUUGAUCGGGAGUCAGAUCACUGGGGCGGCAAAUCUCGAAUUCUGAACAGACAUGCAUCAGCAUCGGAAGAAAUAUGCAUUUAUGUAUGUAUGAGUACGACGAGUAGACCAAGGCCAACGAAAAUGAACAUUUUUUUUGAUAUACGAACCUCGAACCCAAAACCCGCCGCACGUCCCCCCCAAGUGCAGUAUAAAUGAUGAUGAUCAUGAUGUAGUAGGAUAUAAAAUUGCGCAAAGAACAACUUCCCAAAACCUAAUGUACGAUCACAGACAAGUGUCAGUUUCAAUAAACAAGCUUGACUUCGUCAGUAUCCUGGUCCUUUUUAUUUUUGUUUCAUCACGGAAAAGAUUCAGAUAGGGUCACAUUCUGCUAGCCAAGGAAGACACUUACCUUUCUCAGC